AGCGACAGAGGAGGAGCAGCGACGGUAUGGAAUUGGAAUUGGUGCGGCCGGAGCUGCUGCUGCCGGCGCUGCCGACGUCGACGUCGCGUCAGUUGGUGCGCAGGCGCAGUGUCCGCGAUGCGUUGACCGCAAGGAGUCAGCGGCAGAGGAAUGCCGCCCAAGCAGCCACCACCGCCCCCGAUUCGGCCCCCACUUCCGCUGCCAAGAGGAGCCGACUUCCGCCCCCCGGAACCGGAAACAUCGCCAGGGUGCAGCCCAGCAGUAACACCACCUCCCGAAGCCGGCGGGAUCGGGAGGCCCAACGGGUGCCAGUCCCCAAGCCACCGCGGCAAAUACUCUCGGCCAGGGCCCUUGGCGUCUCCAAUCCCUAUAAGGAUGACCAGCCGGCAAAGGAGCGUCGAUCGGUGACCCAGCGUAGUCGUCGUCCGGAGGUCAAGACCCGCAAUCAGCCCCACCCAACGGCGGCCACCGCGCGACCCCCCUUCGGUGGGAAGUACACUCAGCCGCAGCCACCACCCACUCUGCGAAGAGCAGCCCCCCCUGCAGCGACUCGCAGGACCCGCCCAUGUCUGCGGACCGUCCGCGCCAAGGUCGACUCGUACCUGUGUCCCCACCUCUCUAGCUCCCCAAGAGCACCCCCUCAACCAGCUCAAUCCGCUCACCCCAUGAAGAAGAAAUCCAUGGCGGAGGCCCACCAGCAGUUGGAGCUGCUGCUCUCGCGGAUUGAGCGGGCCAGCGACUAUCAGCCACCCCCUCCGCCCUCUGACCUUGCCAAGAGAAGGGGCGGCACCAAGGUCGCCAAGGGAGCGAGCCGCCAGAUGGCGCAACCACCACCAGUGCCAGCUGGUUCGCCAAUGGUCAGCGCUCGGAGGAACUACACUGGGUCGCGAUCUUAUUCGAGGAUCGCUACGGAAUCGCUGGAGGAACAGGACGGCGAACACCUGCCCCAUGUCGUACCGCUCGUCCAGAAUCCGCAGUGUCUGCCGCCGGAGAAGCGGGAUGCGCUGCUGGAGCUGCUGCAGCGGACCGGGCAGCACGACAAGGGCAUCGUGGACAUUGUGGGCAGCUCCACCGGAGAUCCCUCCCGGGACACCAUGCUCAUGCUGCUCCAGAUGCUACCCCUCAGCCUGGACGAGUCCCCUUAUAGGGAGAAGUUCUGGGAGGGACAUCGGUAUCUGAAGGAGCGCCAGAAGCUCCGCCAAGAACUCCGUCCCGGCGACGAGCGCCUCAAGGAGGUGAAGGUCCUGCGCGGCUCCGAUGGCCGGAUGUUCUACUCCCGCACUUUGGAGGAGGAGCUGAAGGACGAGAAGAAGGUGCUGGACUUUAUGGAGGUGGAGCUUCGAAAGCAGGAUGCGGGACGGAAUCAGCCAGGCGGCAAUCAUCAUCCGCUGAACGAGCGUCAGGAGCAGGCGAUGCGGGAGCGAGUGGAGCUGGAGCGGGAAAAGCAGCUGGUGGUCAACUGUCGGGAACAGCAGCGCCAGAAAGAUCAGCUUAGGGAGCAGAAUGCCUUGGAGCAACCCACUCAUCUGCGAGAAAUUCAAUCCGAUACUGCUCCUACACCCAUUGAUCCGUGGAAUCAGCUCCUCCAGGAUCGGAACCGCUUCCAAGCCCACUGCAAUCGAAGCUGUUUCUACGACAAUCCGCGCAGCUCAGCACCCUGGAAAAUAUAUGCCAAAGUGGCCAGCAAGCUCAGCUCGCAGCUUAUCGAAAGCGUGGAUGCCGAAUUUCAUCGCAGCGUCGCCAAUUACAUCAAAGACUUUGUGGGCUACAAAGGCAACACCGUUUAAGUGCCACUACCAUCUGCAACUUUCCUCUUCAAUGCCCAACUUGCUAUCAUAUUUUACAGAAGUGGACUCAGAGUUUUUACGAUUUACUACUCUUCUAUUGUAGCUUAAACGCUAUAUAGUUAUCCUGCCACAUAUAUUGACAAAUUGUAAGUGAAGUACAAAUUGAAUAUUUUAAAAA